AUUUAUAUGGUACGUUACGCAGCAUGUUUGCACAAACUGUCUUCUAAUUUUAUAGCGAUAUUCUUAUGAUAUCAAAACUUUGUAGUCAGUCCUUCGCAAUUAGCCUAACAAUAACUAUAUUGUGUUGAAAACAUCAGCUGAGACUAUUCAAGUUGUGAAUUGCAUUUUUGAACUAGUUGGAAAUCAGUGCACUUGUUUACAAUGACCAAAAGUAUUAGAAGUAAAUCAAAACGGCGAUUUCGUGCGAUUAAACGUAGACGUAUCUUUAAGAAAAUCAAAGAUCAACUAAUAGAAUCUGUCAAGAAAAGCGAAGAAAAUCCAGUCCCUUCUGAACAAGUAGCUGACUCGACUUCGAAUCACAUGGAUAUUGUUGAAAAAAAGUUACCAAAAAUACUUUGUAAUGAACAUGGAACCUAUCCGGUAUGGCUCAAUAAAAAAGAACGCAAAAGACAGAUAAGAAUGAAAAGGCUACAGAAAAAGCGGUCUCAUCUUAAGAAAGCUAAAAUAUAAACUACAUCACAAACCUGAUAUCCUAACCUUGUUAGUCUUUUGAUAUCGCAUCUGUACAUCAGCAGACCGAAUUCGUGAGAACAAGUUAACGGUAAAAAUUCAAGUAGAUUUAUUAGAAAUGAAGAGAUCCAAACCUGAAGAUAACUAAAAUAAAGCUUCGAUUAUGAAGCGGUGGCAAUUAAUCCAUUCUCCCUAUCAUUUAAUCGACGUACUAUUUUUC